AUGAAGCAAUAUAUGAACAAGCUCAGUGCGUUUGAGCAUCACGAGAUCUUCAACUACCCCCAGGUUUAUUUUGUUGGCCCCACGGCGAAGAAACGGCAAGGUAUUGUCGGUGGCAACAACAACAACGGAUACGACGACGAAAACGGAUCUUACCUGCACGUCCCCCACGAUCACAUCGCUUAUCGCUAUGAAGUUCUGAAGAUUAUCGGCAAGGGCAGCUUUGGACAAGUGGUUAAGGCUUACGACCACAAAGCACAACAACAUGUUGCUUUGAAAAUGGUACGCAACGAAAAAAGGUUCCACCGACAGGCACAGGAAGAGAUUCGAAUCUUGGAACAUUUGAAAAAACAAGAUCGAGACAACAGCAUGAAUAUUGUCCACAUGUUGGAACAUUUCACGUUUCGCAACCACAUAUGUAUCACAUUCGAAUUGCUAAGCAUGAAUCUAUAUGAGUUAAUCAAGAAGAACAAAUUUCAAGGAUUUACAUUACAGCUUGUUCGCAAGUUCGCGCAUUCAAUCUUACAAUGUUUAGACUCUCUUCAUAACAACAGCAUCAUCCACUGCGACCUUAAACCUGAAAAUAUUUUGCUGAAACAACAAGGCCGCAGUGGGAUCAAAGUCAUAGACUUUGGUUCUAGUUGCUAUGAACACCAGAGGAUCUAUACAUACAUCCAGUCUCGCUUCUAUCGGGCUCCUGAGGUCAUCCUUGGUGGUAAGUACGGUAUGCCUAUUGAUAUAUGGAGCCUCGGGUGUAUCCUGGCCGAGCUUCUUACGGGCUACCCAUUAUUUCCAGGUGAAGAUGAAGGGGACCAGCUAGCAUGUAUCAUAGAAAUGUUGGGAAUGCCCCCGCAAAAACUGUUAGACCAUUCUAAAAGAGCUCGUAAUUUUAUUAGCUCCAAAGGAUUUCCAAGAUACUGUACAGUAAGUACCCUCCCGGACGGGUCGAGUGUCAUCAACGGUGGCAGGUCGCGACGUGGUAAACCUCGAGGUUCUCCGGGAAGCAAGGAGAUCAUGGCUGCUUUAAAAGGUUGUGAUGAUCCCCUAUUUUUAGACUUUAUGCGUCGGUGUUUGGAAUGGGAUCCAAAUUCUCGGAUGACUCCCAGCCAGGCUCUUCGUCACGCCUGGCUGCGCAGGAGGCUGCCGAAACCACCACCGAAUGAAAACAGAGACACUAACAGCAUGUCAACCACUAUAGCAACGAUUGGUAACAACGGUACCAAUACAAAUGUUGGUACUUUGAAUCGUAGAAACUCUACGGGAAACAAUAGAAACGGUGCCGUGCCAAAACUUGCAAACGGCACCAGUUCAGGGAACAAAACUAGGCAAAUCAUUCCGGACGAUGUGGUCAUCACAUCGUCCCAGUUUAAUUCGCGGACAAAACUGCCCCAAAUAGGAUCCACUUUAUAA